UUCCUGAUUCAUCCGCUCUCCUCGCUUCCUCCCAGCACAAAUUCAGCCAUCUCUUCUAGGGUUUGAAUUAUUCUCGUAUCACCUCCCCGAACCAGGGCUCUGCUCUGCGUGGUUUGGGGCUUCAACUUGAUCGUCUCGCUGGUUGCUGUUUUUCCUGUAGUUUCUAGCGCAAAGAGUCUCAAAGAUAGUUGGAUUCUGCUGAAUGGCUACAUCCAGCAGUUUCUAUGGGCAACGGGCAUUUUUUUUGUUCCCCUUUAAUUUUGAGUUCUCAGUGGCAUGGGAAUCGCGAUUUGAGUGCACACACACCUCCCCUUUUUUUUUUUGGAACUUUUUCUUAUUUCAGUUAAAUAAACUCACUAAGCAGACCCUGAAACAUGUUGUCCCGCAGAAGAAUAAUUUGUUAUUGCCGUACACGGAUGAUUGGAAGUGAUUCGGCAUUUUCCCCCAACGACCACGUGGAACAACAUAUAUUAUAAUAUAUUCGUGUGAACAAUAUGAUACUACGUACGUACUAUAGGUUUUUUUUUCAGAACCUAAAUAAUAUCAUGAAACUCAAUCCCUGUUUCUACCUUCCAAUUUAUGUACACAUCUUAUGAAAUAUCUUAGUUGUGUUUCAAACUCUUCGCAAGAGGCGAAAGACUUCAGUUACCUGAAGUUUGCCACAAACUCUGAAUAUAUCCUAAUUCUGAACUGACCAAAUCAGUCCAUAUGUUCAUUCCUUCUCAAACCACACUCAUCACUGUAAUUCGUAGCAAUGCUGGACUAUACAUCAUAGAACUGGUCAUCAAUAAUAAUAUAGCAAUGGGGGAGGAGACCUCGCAGGCAAAUGGCUCAACGACGACGUCGCUGAGACGGAAAGCGGCCGAGGUGAUCGCCACCUCCCUGGAGACGUACCGGAGCAAGCCGUUCUCCUUCUGGUUACUCCUGUUCCUGAGCAGCGGCGCCAUGCUCACCGCGUUCCCGGCGUCGAGCCUGCUCUCGCGGCUCUACUACACCGACGGCGGGCAGAGCAAGUGGAUUCUGUCGUGGGCGGCCGUCGCCGGCUGGCCCCUGCCCGCGCUGCUCCUGCUGCCGCUCUACGCCCUCGGCAAGGCGUCGCCGACGCCGCUGUCGCUGACGCUGUGCUUCUGGUACGCGCUCCUCGGCUUCCUCAGCGCCGCCGACAACCUUAUGUACGCGUGGGCGUACGCGUACCUCCCGGCGUCCACGGCGUCGCUCGUCGCGGCGUCGUCGCUCGCGUUCUCGGCGCUCUUCGGCCGCGCCAUCGCCAAGAACACGCUGAACAUGUCCUCGCUCAACGCCGUCGUGGUGAUCACGGCGGGCGUGGUGAUCGUCGCGCUGGACUCCGGGUCGGACAGGCCCCCCGGCGUCACGCCGCGCCAGUACGCGCUCGGCUUUGUCCUGGACGUGCUCGGGUCGGCGCUCCACGGCCUCAUAUUCGCGCUCUCGGAGCUCGUCUUCGCCAGGGUCCUCGGCAGGCGCUCCUUCCACGUGGUGCUGGAGCAGCAGGCGGCCGUGUCGCUCUGCGCGUUCGCCUUCACCUCCGCGGGGCUCGCCGUCGCCGAGGGCUUCCCGGCGAUGCGGCGCGAGGCGGCGCGGUUUGCGCACGGUGGCGAGGCCGCGUACGCGAACGUGAUGGUGUGGACGGCGGUCACGUUCCAGCUGGGCGUCCUCGGCGGCACCGGCGUGCUGUUCCUGGCGUCCACCGUACUCGCCGGAGUGCUGAACGCUGUCAGGGUGCCCCUCACGAGCAUCGCCGCGGUGAUCUGGUUCCAUGACCCCAUGAGCGGGUUCAAGAUCUUGGCUCUGGUCAUCACUGUGUGGGGGUUCGCGUCCUACAUGGUUGGCCACUCCUCUGUUAGAAAAACGUCAAGAAGUUGAUAUAUUACCUUUGAGUAAUGUGUUUGGUUUUCGUCUUAA